AUGCGCAGAGACCAAAGUCCUACGCAGAGAGGCUUUCGCCUCGCAUUGGUGCAGUUGCCCACCAGUACUUCACAGUGGCACCUCGACCGCCACCGCCAGGCAAAAGAAACGAUGGCUUUCCGCCAGGCCCGUGACUGGCUGCCCACCGUAGCACUCUUCUCAGCCACCGUAGCAUCGGGCGAAGACUGGCACACCCCGUCCAAGAGUUCAUCAGGUCACGCCGAGGGCUAA